AUGAUCCCAACACCCAGGCCCAGAUCCUCACCGCAUCCUGAGGAGCUUGGACUCUACCAGGACGCAGGAAUGAGUUCAAAGGUCACACUACCGCUGAGAUUUAUUUUUCACUCAAAUCAUGAACUAAUCCAAUGUGUUUGUCUUCUUCUGGGUUUUUGCUCUGUUGUCAUCAUCGGCCUCACCUCACCAUGCUUCAGAAGACAUGCUUAUUCCUACUCUUAUUACCUGAAGUUGGCCAAAAAGCAGAAGGAAACUGCGAGCAGCUCCACCCAGCAGAGGGAGAUGGGUCCGGUCACCACGGCCGACAAGAGCACCACUAAAGUCAGCACCUUGCACAAAGACGACCCGUUCUCCACUUCCAGCCCAGACCUCAACGGCUUCACCUCCCCCUCCCCCUGCUCCUUUUCUGUGCAGGGAAGCAAAACGCUGCAGAGCAAAUCCCUGCUGAAUUCCUACUACUCAGUAUCCAAAGAGCCUGUUCCAGCUACAACUUCAAUAGAUGGAAGCCAGCCGUCUCUUGCCCAGCCAUCCCUGACAUUACAGAGUUUUCCUUACGGAGGCUGUGAGUCUGUGGAGCUCUCCUACCAGAGCGGUCAGUUCCAGGCGGGCCAGUUCCAGCCAGCUAUUCGAGUUGCAGAUCUCCUGCAGCACAUCACACAGAUGAAAUGUGGACAAGGAUAUGGGUUUAAGGAAGAAUAUGAGGCCCUGGCGGAGGGACAGACAGCACCUUGGGAGACAGCCAAGAAGGACGAGAAUCGCAACAAGAACCGCUAUGGCAACAUCAUCGCAUACGAUCACACCAGAGUCCGACUGCAGCUGCUGGAUGGAGACCCCCACUCCGACUACAUCAACGCCAACUAUAUUGAUGGCUAUCACAGACCCAGACAUUACAUCGCAACACAAGGACCCAUGCAGGAAACGGUGAGGGAUUUCUGGAGGAUGGUUUGGCAGGAAAACUCGGCCUCUAUCGUCAUGGUUACGAAUCUGGUGGAGGUGGGAAGGGUGAAAUGUGUUCGUUACUGGCCUGAUGAGACGGAGGUUUAUGGAGACAUCAAGGUGACCCUGAUAGAAACCGAGCCUCUGGCUGAAUACGUCAUCCGGACAUUCACUGUCCAAAAGAAGGGCCACCAUGAGAUCCGUGAACUUCGCCAGUUUCACUUCACCAGCUGGCCGGAUCACGGCGUUCCCUGUUACGCCACGGGACUGCUGGGCUUCAUACGGCAGGUCAAGUUCCUCAACCCUCCGGACGCCGGACCCAUCGCGGUGCACUGCAGCGCUGGUGCAGGGAGGACAGGUUGCUUCAUCGCUGUGGACAUCAUGCUGGACAUGGCAGAGAACGAAGGAGUGGUGGACAUUUUCAACUGCAUCCGUGAACUGAGAUCCCAACGGGUCAACAUGGUCCAGACAGAGGAGCAGUAUGUGUUUGUUCAUGACGCCAUCUUGGAGGCGUGUCUAUGUGGGAACACAGCGAUUCCAGUGUGCGAGUUCAGAGCGGUUUACUACAAUAUCAGCAGACUGGAUCCACAGACCAACUCCAGCCAGAUUAAAGACGAGUUCCAGACGCUGAAUAUAGUGACACCUAGAGUUCGUCCAGAGGACUGCAGCGUGGGCUUACUGCCGCGGAACCACGAUAAGAACCGCAGUAUGGACGUUCUGUCUGCUGACCGAUGUCUGCCUUUUCUCAUAUCUGUUGAUGGAGAGAGCUCCAACUACAUCAACGCUGCAUUAAUGGACAGCCACAAACAGCCAGCAGCCUUCAUUGUUACCCAGCAUCCUUUGCCAAACACCAUGGGGGAUUUCUGGAGGCUGGUGUUUGACUACAACUGCUCCUCCAUUGUCAUGCUCAACGAGAUGGAUGCAGCACAGUUAUGUAUGCAGUACUGGCCGGAGAAGAACUCGUGCUGCUACGGCCCGAUCCAAGUGGAGUUCAUAUCAGCGGACAUCGAUGAAGACAUCAUCAACCGGAUCUUCAGGAUCUGCAACAUGGCUCGGCCACAGGACGGUUACCGCCUGGUGCAGCACUUUCAGUUCAUUGGCUGGCCCGCCUACAGGGACACGCCUCUUUCCAAGCGCUCCAUCCUCCAGUUGGUCAGGAGGUUGGCCAAGUGGCAGGAGCAGUACGACGGAGGAGACGGGAGGACUGUGGUGCACUGCCUCACUGGAGGAGGACGCUCUGGGACGUUUUGUGCCAUCUGCAGCAUCAAUGAGAUGAUCCAGCAGCAGAACAUUGUGGACGUUUUCCACACAGUCAAGACGCUGAGGAACAACAAGACAAACAUGGUGGAGACGAUGGAACAGUACAAGUUCUGCUAUGAAGUGGCUUUAGAGGCUCUGAACUCCUUCUGAUCCGACGCCUCCCGUCUUUCUCAGAGCUACACUGAGUGAAAACCUGCUGAGCUGAACUCAACCUGGGAGAGUGUGUGUGCGCAUCCUUUUGGUGUGCCUGUGACCUGUACAGAGGAUGGGGGGGAAGCCGCCAACAAACACACUCAUUGUUUUGUGUGUGCAUUUGCUUCAGCAAGACAAUGGACUUUACAUGCUUGUAUAAAGAGAAAUUAUGUUCAAUUGAGAUGUUUAAAAAAAAAAAGCCAAUUUUUUUUUCUUUCUCUUUCCUCUCUGCCAGGCUGUGAUGUGACUAAUGUACAGUAUUUCCUUUUUAGAUAUAUUCUACGCCUUGAAUGUCGUCUCCCUCUGAAGGCUCGAAGCACACUGGAAGAUUUUACAGAGUUAAAGUCAGGUUAAAAUAAAUCUAAUUUUUUAUAGCAUAUUUGCUCUUUGACCGAAACAAACUGUUACUAAUGCAACAAAAUUAGGUUUACCAGUUCAGAAAACAGAACAUGGAUCAACAUGUCCUACCUUUGAAGGCCAAAGCAACUCUGAAUUUUUCCUCUUUCUGGAUCUGUACAAUGAUGAAGUGAGUCUUCCAGUGUGCAUCCUCUCUUUCUGUAAAUAAGAUAAGGCAACCACAGUCAAACAAACAAACACCAGAACAAAAUUAUUUCGCUGCAGCUCUGAGAAGCUGUUUGUCAUUUUCAUUCAUUUAUAAUUUGGUGCGUUUUCUUUCUACAGCCUGUACAUGUGUGAAAAUAAGAUUUUUUUAUAUUUUG